GUUGGUUUCGUUACUUGGAAGAGCUUUUGGUCAUUUCAAACUAAAGGGAGCCAAAAUUCAAAAUUCAAUUCAAACCUUUUUCGGCACCCCAUAAAACGAACCCAGGAAAAUAGGGAAUACUCCUCAAACCCUGUUAGAGAGAGAGAGAGAGAGAGAGAGAGAGAGAGACCAGAAUUUAAUCUUACCCCGGCAGUUUAAAGUAAGCAGAGAUGGCGAUGUGGGUAUUCGGGUACGGGUCACUGGUAUGGAAACCGGGUUUCCACUACGACGAUUGCCUUGUGGGUUUCAUAAAGGGCUAUCGCCGCGUCUUCUACCAAGGCAGUACCGAUCACAGAGGGACUCCGGAGUUCCCGGGCCGGACUGUCACUCUGGAACCUGCAGAUGGGGAGAUAUGCUGGGGCAUUGCUUACAAGAUAACUAAAAAGGAAGAUCAAGAAGUAGCCAUAACGCAUCUUGAAGUGAGGGAAAAGCAGUAUGACAAGAAGGCCUAUCUGGAUAUUUUCACUGAACUAACAUCUUCAGCUCCGGCCAUUUCAAAUGCACUGGUAUAUAUAGCAUCUCAAGACCCUAAAAUCAACAAGAACUAUUUGGGACCUGCAUCGCUUUAUGAAAUGGCCAGACAAAUUGUUCGGGCUGACGGGCCUUCUGGACCAAAUAGAGAUUACCUUUUUCAGCUUGAGAAAGCACUUGGUCUGUUAGGAUGCGAAGACAAACAUGUUACUGACAUGGCAGAUGAGGUGCGACGCAUCGUUGAAGAGGCCAUCUAAUCGGGCUUCUAAACCAGGAAUAUGUCUCCGUAUCAUCUCUUUCUUUAAAGUUUGGAGAUGCAUUGUGUUAUUCUUGAUAUUGUCCGUGAAAGUAAAAAUUCGUGCAAGAAAUUUACUCCAUUCCCUCUUUGCAAACAUUAUUCGCAAGGUCAAACAUAACUAUUUAGUUUUGUCUACUCAUUUAAUAAAGUAAUAUACUUUUGUCACCGUU